AGUCCAUUGUAUUUAUAUAUGCAGGAUAGUCUCAGCUAAAGAUCCUAUCAGCACUAUGCUCAGAAAAUAAUACACAUUCUUUUAAAAGAAUCGGAAUCCGGAUAAUCCGUUUUCCGAUCCGAUUUAAGAGGAUAUCCGGUUAAACCGGAACCGGAAUAAAUAUUUAGUGAUCCGAAAAACUGGAUAUCUGGUUUAUAAUUCAUAACCGGACCGGAUAUCCGGUUUUGCUCACCGUGUAUAAAUUGCUGAAUACAGUUCUAUUUAUUUUAUGUUUUUCUUUUAUUCUGAGGGGAACAGUGCUAUUCUUCAGGAUCUUAAGGCAAGACACAUUCCAAGUUAGAAUAUUUCUUUCUUACAUACCUCAGUAUGUCUCCUUCAACUUAUCACCACUUCACCACAACCAAAACUAAAACGUACAUGCCACCUCAUCUGGUUUUAUACUAUAUUACAUGAUCACCUGACAUUCACCUUUCUUCUCCCUAGUUUUUUCGACAGAAAAAGCAAUAUGGCACUAGGGAAGGGACGUAGCAAGAGAUCAUCUGGACCUUGGGUCUCAACUACUACCACAGUGGUGUUUGUGGCCUUAUGUGUUUUUGGUGUUUAUAUGCUAACCCCUGGUACCCUGAUUUCUACAGACACUACUAAUCGAAUGUCGGUGUCCAAAUCUAGUUUCCAGACAACUGAUUCCAAACAAGACACUUCUACAUUUCAAGACAAUCCUGGGAAUCUUCCUAAGGAUGCAAUUAAAACUGAUGAAGAUGAUAAUGCUAAAAAUUCGUCUUCUGAUCAAGUACUAGAAGUUGCGAGUGCUGAUGAUCAGAAGCAAGAUGGUCUGGCUCAGAUUGUGGCUGACAAAAAAGAUCAAUUGUCUGAUGAGCAUGCAGAAAAUCUUGUCAAGACGGCUGCUGCAGAGAUUGAGCAUUUAGAUACUAAAGAUCACCCGACUGGAGAAAAUGUGAAGCGACAAGCUGAUGCUGAAGGAAACUCUGAGGGAUUGAAAGGGACAGUUUCUGAAGAAGAGCAACAGAGACUUAAUCAACAAGAGGUUCAGUUGAGUGAGGAGAGUUCCAUGACUCAUAACCAAGAAAGUGAUCAAGAAAUUUCUACAGCAAAGUCAGAUGACAAUAGGAAGGCGAUUCAGAAUACAUUUGAAACUAUGGAAGGUCAAAAUGAGGAAACUAAAGAUGAAAAACAAAGUGGUUCUAAGAAUGAUAGAGCCGGUCAUAGUGAGAGUGCGGAUAAUGAGAAUACCCUAGAAGAGAACAAAAGGAAAAUGCAGCCUGAGAGCCAUGAUAAUUUGAAAGACACCACAAACAAAGUAUCACAAGAAAAUGAACAAAUGGAACAACAGCAAAGGCAGGACUGGCAACAAGAUGGGAUUGCUACCGAUCAUGAAGGGGCAACAAGUAAGGAUCAAAUAGAACAUGAUGAGUCAACUAUUGAUUCCACUGAUUCAAGUGAUGACCGUAUGAGAAAUCAGGAUACAGUUAGAGAAGAGAAGGUUCAAACUCAAAAGCAAGAUGCCCAGAAAGAUCAGCCCGUUACUACUGAAGACAAGGGUAAGGACAAUAAACAUCAUCAAAGGAAGCGAAAGAAAAAACAACCCAAGCCCUCAACUGUUGAAGAUCAGUCUUUUGCAACGGGGGAGGGCGGAAUACCAAACGAAUCUGUAGAGUCAAAAAAGACAUGGUCUACUCAAGCAGACCAAUCUGAUAACCACAAUGAGAGGAAGAAAAGUCCCUCAGAAAAUCAAGAUGGUAGCCUAUACGGAUAUUCAUGGCAACUCUGCAAUGUAACAGCAGGCGCAGACUACAUACCUUGUUUAGAUAAUGAGAAAGCAAUAAGACAAUUACCUAGUCGAGGCCACUUUGAACACCGGGAAAGGCAUUGUCCAGAGGAACCUCCAACCUGCUUGGUACCUACCCCGCAGGGAUACAAGACACCUAUUGAGUGGCCUCACAGCAGAGACAAGAUAUGGUACCACAAUGUGCCUCACACAUCGCUGGCACAAUUUAAGGGUCACCAGAAUUGGGUGAAACUAUCUGGGGAAGUUCUGACAUUUCCUGGAGGCGGGACACAAUUUAUACACGGGGCUCUUCACUACAUAGACUUUUUGCAAAAGGCAGCACCAGAAAUUGCAUGGGGUAAACACACCAGAACAGUGUUGGACGUUGGAUGUGGAGUUGCUAGCUUUGGGGGUUUUCUUUUUGACAGAGAUGUUCUUACUAUUUCAUUUGCACCAAAAGAUGAACAUGAAGCUCAAGUUCAAUUUGCACUGGAAAGGGGCAUACCUGCAAUUUCAGCCGUGAUGGGCUCUCAGAGACUUCCAUUUCCAGGAAGAGUCUUUGAUCUUAUCCAUUGUGCGCGUUGUAGAGUUCCUUGGCAUCGUGAAGGUGGUGCUCUUCUUUUGGAAUUGAACCGAAUGCUAAGACCCGGGGGUUAUUUUGUCUGGUCAGCAACUCCUGUGUACCGAAAGGGGCCAGAAGAUGCUCAGAUAUGGAAAGAAAUGUCUGCCUUGACGGUAUCUAUGUGUUGGAAGCUUAUCACCAUCAAGAAGGACAAAUUAAAUAUGGUUGCUGCAGCUAUCUACCACAAACCAGUAUCAAAUGUAUGCUAUGAUGAAAGAAAACGAAAGCAACCUCCAAUGUGUAAAGAUGACGAUGAUCCAAAUGCUGCUUGGUAUGUGCCCUUGCAGUCAUGCAUGCACACAGUGCCAGUAGAUGAGGCUGAAAGGGGUUCACACUGGCCUCAGGAAUGGCCUCGUCGUCUAAACUCAGCUCCAUACUGGUUAAACCGAUCCCAAAUGGGAAUCUAUGGAAAACCAGCUCCAGAUGAUUUUGUAUCAGAUUAUGAACAUUGGCAAAGAGAAGUGAGCAAGUCGUACCUCAGUGGAUUAGGCAUCAGCUGGUCCAAUGUGAGAAAUAUUAUGGACAUGAGAGCUGUUUAUGGAGGGUUUGCAGCGGCACUCAAGGGCCUGAAAGUAUGGGUUCUGAAUGUGGUGAACGUAGAUUCUCCGGAUACACUUCCUAUUAUCUAUGAAAGGGGUCUUUUUGGGAUAUACCACGACUGGUGCGAAUCUUUCAGCACAUAUCCCAGAACAUAUGAUCUUCUACAUGCUGAUCAUCUCUUUUCCAGGCUAAAGAAAAGGUGCAAGCUUGAACCCGUGAUGGUGGAGGUUGAUAGGAUAGUUAGGCCUGGAGGUAAAUUGAUUGUCCGUGACGAGUCCAGUGCUGUUGGGGAAGUAGAAAAGUUAUUAAAAUCUCUACGUUGGGAGGUUCGCUUAUCCUACUCCAAAAACAAUGAAGGUAUACUCAGCGCCCAGAAAUCUGAUUGGCGACCAGAAUCAUAUGAAGUGGCAUCCCAAUGAAAGAUUUAAAGAAAUCAAGAUUUAGAGUUUGGUUGUGUUAGAUUUUUAGAGCUUGUAGAACAAUUGCAUGUUAUUACAGUUAUUUGUUACACAGGCAUACUUUUUCAGUCUCAGACAGAGAUGGUCACAUUAUUUCGAUGUUGAUCUGAGGGAAGUAAAGUUAUAGAUGUAGCACCAACCCCUCACACUUAACAGAAUAGGUACAUUUUGUUCCAGGAUUCCCCUGAAAAGAAGCCAUCAGGUAAGAGGGGAAGUAGAUGAACCAAGUAUCGUGCUGCUGAAAUUUAAAUGCCCUUGUUUAAA